CCCCCGCCCGCGCGCCCUUGCUCCGCGUCCGGCCCGCCUCGCCCCCGCGCGGCCUCUCCGCUUUCUCUCCCGCUUCGUUCCGGCCUCGGCGAGUCUGCAGCGGGGCGCCGGGAAGAUGGCGGCGCGGGGAGGCAGCGCGGGGGACGCGGGCCUGGGAUCCGGACCCUCUGCUGGGACGGCGGGGGAGGCCGCGGAGCCCGCGCUGCGCCCGGGAGAGGUGGCGGCGCUGCACCCCCAGGAGGUGGCCGCGCGGCUGCAGCGGAUGCGGCGGGAGCUGAGCAACCGGCGGAAAAUCCUGGUGAAAAACCUGCCCCAAGACAGCAGCUCCCAGGAGGUUCAUGACUUAUUACAGGACUAUGAACUAAAGUAUUGCUAUGUGGACAGGAAUAAGCGAACAGCUUUUGUUACCUUACUGAAUGGGGAGCAAGCGCAGAGUGCAAUUGAGAGGUUCCAUCAGUUUUCUUUCCGAGGCAGAGAGUUAAUAGUGCAGCUGCAGCCCACAGACGCUCUGUUGUGCAUCACCAACCUGCCCAUCUCUUUCACGUUGGAAGAGUUUGAAGAACUCGUCCGUGCGUAUGGGAACAUCGAGAGGUGCUUUUUGGUCUACAGUGAAGUUACUGGCCACUCCAAAGGCUAUGGGUUUGUGGAGUACAUGAAAAAGGACUUCGCUGCCAAGGCUAGACUGGAGCUAUUGGGCAGGCAGAUGGGAGCGUCCGCACUCUUUGCACAGUGGAUGGAUGUUAAUCUAUUGGCCUCGGAGCUCAUCCAUUCUAAGUGCCUUUGUAUAGAUAAACUGCCCAGUGACUACAGGGAUUCAGAAGAGCUCUUGCAACUUUUCUCUGGUAUCCAUAAACCAGUGUUUUGCCAGCUUGCACAGGAUGAAGGAGGUCACGGUGGCAGCUUUGCGGUGGUCGAGUAUAGCACUGCGGAGCAUGCCGAAGAGGUUCAGCAAGUGGCAGAUGGCAUUACCGUCAAGGGGAGCCAAGUCCAACUGUCCUUCUGUGCCCCAGGAGCACCAGGGCGAAGCACUCUAGCAGCGCUCAUAGCGGCUCAGCGCGUGAUGAACAGCAGUCAAAAGGGACUACUGCCAGAGCCAAACCCGGUCCAGAUUAUGAAAAGUUUGAACAACCCUGCCAUGUUGCAAGUCCUUCUGCAACCCCAGCUGUGCGGACGAGCAGCUAAACCAGCAGUUCUCGGAGUCCCACCCAGCUUGUCUCAUCUGCUGAGUCCGUCCCUCUCCGCGCUGUUACACUUCAGUAAAGCACAACAGAGCUCGGUUGUGGGUAGUGCAGCACCCUUACUCCUUCAGAAUCUUUCUCACCUACCUUUGCUACAGCAGCAGUUGAAGUUUGAUAACGCCCACACUAAUAAUAAGCCUGGCUUGCUGGGAGAGCCUCCCACCAUGGUGCUGCAGCCCGCACUGGCAAUAGGGCCUCCGCUUCCACUGAAAACGGACCUGGGACACCAUGGAGAAGCACACAAAACAUCUAAUCUGAUUCCAACACAAACGACACUGGCGGCCGGGCUGGGCAUGUUGCCAUUCUUCCCACACCAGCUCAGUGCUGGACAGGCCGGGCCGGGCCGUGGGACCACUCAGGAGAAGCAGUCAGCCUCAGCGGGCAUCACGGAAGCUAGUUUCUCAGGGUCGCAGCAGUAUCUGCAGACCUUAUCAGGCCUUCCUGCUGGAGGCACACUGACGGGCCACCAGAAGACACAGCAGAACCAGCCAAAAGGCACAGAGGCUGCCUCUAAGAAUCAGACUUCACUCUUGGGAGAACCACCAAAAGAAAUUCGGCUCAGUACAAAUCCGUAUUUGAAUUUGGCCAGUGUGUUGCCCAGUGUGUGCCUAUCCACUGCAAGUAAAGGCACACCACAGAAGACUGGAAUUGCAAAUAACAUUCUGGAUGCAAUCUCUCAGGGAAAUGAGUCCCAGCACGUACUGGAGAAAUGCAUCACUUACUCUCCAGCUUUCGAGGAUUAUGCCCAGGUGUCCUCUUUGAGAAAUGAGAAGCGAGGCUCCUCCUAUCUCAUCUCUGCCCCAGAAGGGGGUCCAGUAGAACUCGCUGGCCAGCACCCUCAGGACACAGGAGCGAGCUACACAGAAACCUACUUGAAAAAGAAGCGCGUGUACUGAGCUCGUCUCCUGCCCACCUCCUGCAGUCCUCCGCAGUGUCUGCUGCUCAUCGCUGCCUUAACUUCAUUCACACUAGCCAUAUCCUUUCAAUACGGGUGUCUGACUUCCCAGAAGGAACCGUCGUGCAGCAGGCAGAUCAGCCAAAUACCCAACUAGCAAUAAAAGACAUCAUUGGUUGAGGGCAUUUUCCACUAGCAUUAGAUGUGUCUUAAUCCAUGUGAUAACAGCUCAGCUCACUGGAGAAUCAGCAUUCCAAUAGUCCUUGUUUCGGGCCUGGGAACAAUCUGACACCAUACAGUCUGAAGCAAUAAGUGGGAAACAGUGUUUUGUUUCCUUAGCCUUAGAAUGAAUUUCUUAUAAGCCAAUGUGCAUUUACCUUACUCUCCCUAAGAAUAAUCUCAUCUGCAGUCUUUAAGGACCUUUCCUCCAACAGCAAGGGUGCCGGUCCCACCCAUGCAGUGGUGAUGCCACACACUUGUCAUGGAGACUCCAUUACCUCUACACCUGCCAUGAAGUACCAACCCAGUGACAGAGUGAGAGUGAUGUCCCUUCAGAUGCUUGACUUCCAAGGUGUCGUUUACCAUUAUACCUUUUGUGGGAAACAACGUACUUCAGGAAAAGUAACUUCGGUUACCCUAUACAAGGGUUGGCGCAGCACAUGCUAGGCCACAUGUAGUCAGCAACUUGUUUUGUGCUACCCAUGAACCACUUCUAAAUGCCUGGGGUAGGUAGGGGAGAACUUACAACGUGAAACUGCAAUUUUAGUGUCCCCAAGGUUUUAUUUGGAACACAGUGAAGCUCAUUACAUAGUUACUUUUGUGUCACUACAGGAACCAAGUAGCCUCAACAGAGAACCGCAGAGCCUGCAAAGCCUGGGACAUUUACUCUGUCCCUCAUACAUAAGGUUUGCUGACCCGUCUCCCUAUUGCUUUUAUCUUAUGGUUAGUAGGCUAACCUUUGAGAGACUGGUACAUGCAAGGAGCCAAGGUUUCUGUGCCGUUUCCUAGCACACGAGUGAAGAUCUAGACAAGGUUGUGACUGGGCAGUAAUCCACACAGCCAUUUCUGAGGGAGUCCACGGAGUUCACGGACAGUGUAUGGGACAGUUCUGAGCUAAUAAAGCUCUACCUCAGUCUGGUUUCUUACUCAUUACAGCUACUUAAUCCAAGUUCCUUCUGAAAGAAUGUGUCCUUAUUAAUGUGAGUUUUGGCCUCACCAUUUUCCGAAGACCUUGGAAUGAGUUAGAGAACCCUCUUUCCAUCUAGCAGUCAGUCUGUUCGUUAAGAGAUUACAGCUGAUGGAGCCUGGGGUCUCAGUGGUCCUACUCUAUAGGAUCAGAUCAUUAGAAGACCUUAUUUGGGGGGGGGACUUACCAUUUUUGACUAUGAUAUAAAUAUCCAGCAUUAAUUAUAAAGUCUAAAACUGGUACAUAUGUUAUGUUAUACACUUUACAAAGAAUUUUACUUGGCCUAAUUUAUUGCAUAUACAAGCUUUCAAUGAAAAAUGACAGCUAAAAACAGUAAGACAGUCUUAAGCAUCCUACCUACAGCCAACCAGGACGAGGCACAUAGCAGAGACUAAUGGUUCCUCCAAGUCUGCAUAGAGAAGCCCUUCCCUUUGCUGCUGCAUUCCGUCUCUUCAGCACUUAGUCACAGUUUUACUUUGUGCAAACAGAACAUCGGGAGGGUAGCGACUGCUACACUGGAGCUGCAAAGUGAGGAAGCAGCUGAAGGAACUGAGAGGGCACAUGGGCUGGGUCUUCCUCCAUCCCAGCCUGUGCCCAUUAACCCUGGACCGAACAGACGUGCAACCCAAGAGAUGGCACUGCAGCCACCCCCCGAAAUCUAGGCUGUUAUUUUUCUAUGUUAGCUAAUGGUUUGAGAAAUGCUUUCAAAAUGCAGACUUAAUAAUAAAAGAAAAACGUGCAUGUGAA